GAGCAUGGACCAUCGUCUUGGCCAUGGCGGUUGCUUUCGUGCGCUGCAGCUCGCGUCCGAUGCGUGUUUGCAUCCGGAAGGUGCAAGAAUAUUGGGUAUAUAAUGGGACGCCUUGCCGCGCAAACUAGAUAGUAUUCGAUCGAGCUAGCUUAAUCGUAAGCAUGAAGCAAGCCAUGAAGCAAGCAUUGGUGGCGCUAGCCUUGCCGCUGCUCCUCGCGGCGUCGCUCUACGCUUCCGCGCCGGCGGACAGUACCGCGGCCUUCGCCGGAGACGUCCGCGUCGACCUCACGCACGUGGACGCCGGGAAGCAGAUGUCGAGGCGCGAGCUGAUCAGGCGCGCCAUGCGGCGCAGCAAGGCGAGGGCGGCGGCGCUCUCCGUGGCGAGGAGCGGAAACAACGGGCGCCACGCCGGCAAGAGCGCGGAGGAGCAGCAGCAGCCUGGCGUGGCCGUGCGCCCGUCGGGCGACCUCGAGUACCUCGUCGACCUCGCCAUCGGCACGCCGCCGCAGCCCGUGUCCGCGCUGCUGGACACCGGCAGCGACCUCAUCUGGACGCAGUGCGCGCCGUGCGCGAGCUGCCUCCCGCAGCCGGACCCGCUCUUCACCCCGGGCGCGUCGUCGUCGUACGAGCCCAUGCGGUGCUCGGGCCAGCUCUGCGGCGAGAUCCUGCACCACGCCUGCCAGAGGCCCGACACCUGCACCUACCGCUACAACUACGGCGACGGGACCACCACGCUGGGCGUCUACGCCACCGAGCGGUUCACCUUCUCGUCGUCGUCCGGCGAGAGGGUGAGUGCCCUGCUCGGGUUCGGCUGCGGCAGCAUGAACAUCGGCAGCCUCAACAACGGCUCCGGCAUCGUCGGCUUCGGGCGGAACCCGCUCUCCCUCGUAUCGCAGAUGUCCAUCCGCCGCUUCUCCUACUGCCUCACGCCCUACGCCAGCGCCAGGAAGAGCACCCUCCUCUUCGGCUCCCUCACCGCCGGCAUCUACGACGACGCCAACGGCCCCGUCCAGACCACGAGGCUCCUCCAGAGCCCUCACAACCCGACCUUCUACUACGUGCCCUUCACCGGCGUCACGGUCGGCACCAGGCGCCUUCGGAUACCGCUCUCGGCGUUCGCGCUCAGCCCCGCCGACGGCUCCGGCGGGGUCAUCGUCGACUCCGGGACGGCGCUCACGCUUUUCCCGGCGGCCGUGCUGACCGAGGUCGUGAGGGCGUUCCGCGCGCAGCUCAGGCUCCCGUUCGCCAACAGCAGCGGUCCGGACGACGGCGUGUGCUUCGCCACGGCGCCCAUGCGGAGGCGCGGGCCGCCGGUGCCCGUGCCGAGGAUGGUGUUCCACUUCGAGGGCGCGGACCUCGACCUGCCGCGGCGGAACUACAUCCUGGACGACCAGAGAAGAGGGAGCCUGUGCCUCCUCCUGGCCGACUCCGGCGACUCGGGCUCCACCAUAGGCAACUUCCUGCAGCAGGACAUGCGCGUGCUCUACGAUCUCGAGGCGGAAACAUUGUCGUUCGCUCCGGCGGACUGCUGACGCGCGCGCGACCAUGCUAACGUCUGCCGUCUGCUCAAUGAUCCAUACAUAGUUACAUACUGUAGGUUUUAAGGUAACGCGCAUGCAUUCAAAGGAGAUCAGCAUGCGCAUAAACAGAGACGCAAGGAAACAGAGCUGUAAUAAAGUGGUAACAUGUUUUUGCUACAGAUUCCAUAAGGUCAAA